GAGCGACGAAGAGGAUUUGACUUCAUUUGGAGAGAGAGAAAGAGGAGAAAGGUAAAGAAGGAAUGUAGAAAAUUCAAUCCGAUCGAAUGCAAUUUUGACGUCCGCAAGGAGACACUCUCUCUCUACGCCCUUUCUCUCUCUAGUUUCUCUCUCUAGUUUCUCUCUCCAGAUACAGCGAAGAACAGGCUGAAAAUGAGGAGAUACUGAAGGACUCGGGAGAGAGAUUGAGGACUUUGAACGAGCGACGCAGCUGAAAGCCCUAGAAAGCUGAAGCUCUAGUGUGUAGUGAAUGCAGAGGACGGAGAAGAAUAAGGAGCACAGUGGAUUUUCAUUGGGAAUUUUUAAUCAGCUUUUUUGUUUUUGUGCUCGAUCGGUAUCUUAGGAGUUUCAGAGACUUGUAGUGGUGAAUUUCAACUCUGUUUCCACUGCUUUUUGGACUGCAAAACCCUAAAGAUUUUUCACUCAUUUGAAGUUCUGGAUCGCUGAUUUUGCUUGUGAUUGCACGAGAUGGGGCUCGAUCGAGUGCGUUUAAGUCGUUGUGCCGAGCUUUUUAUUUGUUUAUUUUUUUUUCUUUUGAGCAGCAGAUAUCACUUGGUUUGAUUUAGUUUUAAUUUUUUUUUUUUCAUUUUGUUUUCUUUUUCUUGGGCGGUGUUUACAGAUUGAGAGUUUGAGCUCGUGGUAUGAGGAAGGAGUGAUCUUUGAUGAGUUUUGGUUGUGAGUUUUAGUUGGGUUUGUGAUGUUUCGAGAUUUGGAUUUGCUUUAAGGAUUUGAAGUGGUUUUGGGACUUCUUGGUUUGUCGAAUGUUCUUCUUUGAUCCUUUUGGCGAGAGUUUUAGGGUACGCUUUCUGGACCGAGAUUAAGAUUUAGGCGCUUUUGGUGGUGGCAGAAGUUUGAUUUGUUUAUUCCUCGGAACAUUGUAGGAUGUUGAGAGGUUCUUUCCAUCUGAAAAUUUAUAAAUUGUACAGCGAUACAUGCGGAAGCCCGACGAAGAUUGUUUGCCUCGGACAGCUGGUGGAAUUCUAGAAUGUUCAGUAGCGAAGCUUGUUGCUUGGUUUUGGUGUUCCUUGAUCUUCCUCUUGCACUCGUUAACUGCCAACACUGUAUGCUCACGCAAAAGGCUUAUCCAUUCUUUUUGGCUUACAACAAAAACGCUGGAGUUCUUGGAUGUGGAUGUCUACUUGUUGGGUUAAGGGACAUGUUGGGUUUUGCAUGAUCUGUUGUGUAGUUGCGUGUUUUGAAUCUUUAGUGAUGAGUGAUGAAUUAAUGUCAUUUUAGAUAGUUUCUAUACUUGAAUAAGUCUUCGUAGCAAAUCAGGUGAUUUUGGGAUAAUGGUUCCAUCAGGGCCUCCCACUCCGAUUGGCGGUGCCCAGUCUGUUUCACCUUCACUUCUGCGACAGAACUCUGGAAUGUUGGGAGCUCAAGGUGGUCCUAUGCCUUCCCAGUCGGCUUUUCCCUCUCUUGUGUCUCCGCGCUCUCAGUAUAAUAAUGUGAAUUUGCUUGGAAAUGCGCCCAAUGUUUCUUCCCUGCUAAGUCAGUCUUUUGGAAAUGGGGGUCCGAAUUCUGGGCUUUCUGGCCCAGGGAGUAGUCAGCGCGGAGGUAUUGAUACUGGGGCUGAGUCUGAUCCUCUCUCUAGUGUAGGUAAUGGAUUGGGGUUUAAUCCGAAUUCUUCUUCAUUUGUACCAUCUAACAUGGUUAACCCCGGGUCAUCAAAUUCAGUUCAGGGGCAACAGUUUCAAAACCCUUCUGGCAACCAGAUGUUGCCUGAUCAACAGCAGCCACAACAGCUUGAACCUCAGAACUUCCAACAUGGUCAGCAACAGAUGCAACAAUUUCCAACCCCUCACAGUUCCCUGCAGCAGCCGCAGCAGUAUCAGACAAUUAGAGGAGGGUUAGGCAGUGUUGGACCUGUCAAGCUGGAGCCAGUGUCUAAUGAUCAGCAUGGACAGCAGCAGCAGUUGCCGUCCUUGAGAAAUCUUGCUCCAGUGAAACUGGAACCUCAACAAAUCCCGACUAUGAGAGCCUUAGCACCGGUCAAAAUGGAGCCCCAACAUUCAGAUCAGUCCUUGUUCCUGCAGCAUCAACAACAACAGCAGCAGCAGCAGCAGCAGCAACAACAACAGCAGCAACAGCAACAACAGCAGCAGCAGCAGUUUCUCCACAUAUCCAGGCAAUCUUCUCAGGCUGCUGCUGCUCAGAUUAAUCUUUUGCAUCAGCAAAGAAUCUUGCAGAUGCAACAGCAACAGCAGCAGCAGCUCUUGAAGGCAAUCCCUCAGCAACGGUCCCAAUUACAGCAGCAGUUGCAGCAGACUAAUUUGCCUUUGAGGUCCCCUGCAAAAUCAGUAUAUGAACCUGGAAUGUGUGCACGGCGUCUGACGCAUUAUAUGUAUCAGCAACAGCGCAGACCUGAUGACAACAAUAUUGAUUUUUGGAGGAAAUUUGUAGCUGAAUAUUUUGCUCCUAAUGCCAAGAAGAAGUGGUGUGUUUCUAUGUAUGGAAGUGGCCGGCAAACAACGGGAGUUUUCCCUCAGGAUGUAUGGCACUGUGAAAUAUGCAACCGCAAGCCAGGCCGAGGAUUUGAAGCAACUGUUGAGGUUCUGCCAAGGCUUUUCAAAAUUAAGUAUGAAAGUGGUACUUUGGAAGAACUUCUCUAUGUUGAUAUGCCACGUGAAUAUCCUAAUGCAUCUGGUCAAAUUGUCCUGGACUAUGCCAAAGCGAUCCAAGAAAGUGUAUUUGAGCAACUUCGUGUUGUUCGUGAAGGUCAACUUCGGAUAGUUUUCUCUCCUGACCUGAAGAUAUGCUCUUGGGAGUUUUGUGCACGGCGUCAUGAAGAGCUUAUUCCUCGAAGAUUAUUAAUACCUCAGGUUAGUCAGCUUGGUAUUGCAGCACAGAAAUACCAGGCUGCGACUCAGAAUGCAUCUUCUAAUUUAUCUGUUCCAGAAUUGCAAAACAACUGUAACAUGUUUGUUGCAUCUGCCCGUCAGUUGGCAAAAGCUUUGGAAGUGCCAUUGGUUAAUGAUUUGGGAUAUACAAAGAGAUAUGUGAGGUGCCUUCAGAUAUCUGAAGUGGUCAAUAGUAUGAAAGACUUGAUUGAUUACAGCCGAGAUACUGGGACCGGGCCUAUGGAGAGUUUGGCCAAGUUCCCUCGGAGGACGAAUGUUUCAUCUGGGUUUCAUAGUCAGUCCCAACAACCCGAGGAACAGCAGCAGCAGCAGCAAACAAUGGCACAUAACUCAAACAGUGAUCAAAGCCCCAUCCAAACGACUGCUAUGCAGCUUGCUGCUACCAAUGGUAUGGCCAAUGUAAAUAAUUCCCUCAAUGCAUCUUCGGUCCCUUCACCUGCCAAUGCUAUUGUUGGGCUUCUCCAUCAGAACUCAAUGAACUCCAGGCAGCCAAAUCCUAUGAGCAAUGCAAAUAGUCCCUACAGUGGAAGUGCUGUUCAGAUUCCAUCGCCCAGCUCCUCCAGUACAAUACCACAGGCUCAGCCUAACCCUUCUCCAUUUCAGUCGCCAACGCCUUCCUCAUCUAACAAUCCCCCACAAAUUUCUCAUAGUACCUUAACAGCAACUGCUCACAUGAGUGCUGCAAAUUCACCAGCGAAUGUUUCGGUGCAGCAGCCAUCUCUCUCAAAUGAGGCUGACCCAAAUGAUUCCCAGAGUUCUGUCCAGAAAAUCAUACAAGAGAUAAUGAUGUCCACACCAAUUAGCAGCACAGGAGGUGGUAUGGUGGGUGUCGGUAGCCUGGGAAAUGACACAAAGAAUGUAAAUGGGAUUUUGCCGACAAGCAACAACACAGGUCUCAAUGGCAGCAGUUGCCUUAUGGGGAAUGGAACAGCCAAUCCUAGUUCUGGCAUGGGGGGUGCUGGAUUUAGCAUGGGUGGUGGACUUGGCCAAUCGAUGAUGGUGAAUGGAAUCAGAGCUGCAAUGGGCAAUAAUUCUGUGGCAAUGAAUGGGAGGGUGGGCAUGGCUUCAAUGGCUCGGGACCAAGGUAUGAAUCAUCAUCAACAAGAUUUGGGGAACCAGCUGCUUGGGGGGCUAGGAGCAGUUAAUGGCUUCAAUAAUCUUCAAUUUGACUGGAAAUCAUCUCCAUGAGCGGGUCCACGAUCUUACUAAUAUUUGAUUUCUUCACAAUCGCUGUUUGUGCAGCAAGAGAGAGGGCAGAAUCGCCUGUGGCCCUUUGAAGACAGCAGCAAGCAGUUCAUGAUGAAUGGAUUGAUUUCGGGGCUUCCCUCCCACUUUGUACUAAUCUCUGAAAAAGGAAACCCUAUAGCAUAGUGUUUUUGUCAUUGAAAUGUUAUAUCUUAGUUGCUUCAUUCCCUUUGUUUCUCCCAUUUAUGAAUUAAUACAGAUGCUUAUCCCCACUAACAGCCUCAGAAUGGAAAUUGAGGGAGGGACUGUUCUCCGGUCAAGCACUCUUUCUGUUGUAUUGCCAGUACCUCGCAUCCGCCAUUUGUAAACUAGCAUAUCUGCAAGUCUCUCUCUCUCUCUCUCUCUCUCUCUCUCUCUCUCUCUCUCUCUCUGGAUUCUUGGGAUGUAUAUAUUAAUGGUUUGUUUGGAAGUAACUUUCAAGAGCUGCUUGCACGAUCUGCAGUUGCAUUA